UUUAUUUAUGUUUCAGAUUAAAGAUGAAUCCUCUCACUCAGACACGGAACCAGAUGAAGAUGAAUGAGAGGGAGCUAGAGAUGGGAAUAGCGGGCACAAAGAACUCCUGGCAUCAGGAGUAUAAGGAUUCUGCUUGGGUGUUUAUGGGAGGUUUACCCUAUCAGCUGACAGAGGGAGAUGUUAUCUGUAUGUUCAGCCAGUACGGAGAAGUUGUUCACAUCAAUCUUAUCCGAGAUCAUACAACCGGAAAGAGCAAGGGAUUUGGGUUUCUAUGCUACGAAGAUCAGCGGAGUACGAUCCUAGCUUCAGAUAACCUCAACGGGUUCAAGAUCCUUGGUAAAAUGAUCAGGGUUGAUCAUAUUCAUCAAUACAAACUUCCAAAGGAUUUGGAGAAAUUAGACCAAGACAAGAGACAACUGUUGAUGGAAGGAGUUGCUCCGGUUGCUCAAUCCGAACCGGAAUCCUCCAGCGAGGAAGAAGAGGAAGAUCUGGAAGUCAAGGAAGAAAAGAAAUCAAAAAAGAAGAAAAAAGAAAAAAAGAAACACAAAAAGAAGAAGAAAAAGAAGGAGAAGGGUGGUUCGGAUAGCGAGAGCAGUGAUAAAGGACAUGAUAAACCUAGAAACAGUUCUAAACUCUCUGAUCCUAAACCAAGAGACAAGUUCUCCAAUGGUAACUCACACAGGAAGGAGAAUGAAAGUAGAAGUGAACUCCGGAGAGAAGAUAAACCCCGGACUAGAUCUCCCUAUCGGAGAGAACGGUCCCGAAGCAGGUCUCCGGUAAGACGAAAGGACCGAAGUAUCAGCCGAGAUCGGGGGCCAAGAAAAGAUGCUCGGAGACGGAGCCGUUCACGAGAUCGGAGAAGAGAUCGUUCUUAAACCUAACAAUAAGUACAAUAAACACAAUUAAUACAAAUCAAUUUUUCAGAA